AUGAUAUAUUUAAAUAAUGUUAUAUUUAUAAAAAAUAAUUAUAUUAUUUCUAAUUUAUAUUUAUUAUUAAUUAUAGAAAUAUUAUAUUAUUUAAAAUAUUAUAUAUUAAUGAUUAAUAAUUUAAAUAUUAAAAAUUUUAAUAUAAUAUAUUUUAAAUUAAUAGUUUUAUUAACAAAUAUAGAUAUAAAUUCAAUAGAUACAAUUCAAAAUGUUAAUAGUUUAUUUAAAAUAAUUUUAAAUUUAAAUAUUAAUUUUAUUUAUAUUAAUAAGAAACUUAAAAUUAAUAUAUUAUUAUUUAUAUUGCCUUUAAUAUAUGAUAAUAUUAUUAUAUUGAAUGGAUUAUAUAAAACAUGUAUUCAAUUAUUUAAAAAAAAUAAUAAAAUUUUUAUUAUUAAAUUUAAAAAAAAUAAUAAUGAUAUUAUUUAUAUAUAUAUGUAUAUUAAUUAUUUAAAUAUAAAAUUAAUAUUUGAAAUUAAUAAUAUAAAUAUAUAUUGUUAUUAUGAUAUUUAUAAAUUUAAUUUUAUAAUUUUAUUAUUAUAUUUAAAUUAUAUGAAUAUAAUAAUUAAAAAUUAUAAUAUUAUAUUAAAAAAAAUAAUUAUUUAUAAUUAUAUUAAAUUUAUAAUAAUUAAUAAAAAAUAUAAUAUAUAUAAUAUAUUUUUAUUAAAAUUGUUUAUUAUUAAAAUAUAUAAUAAUUUUUAUAAUAAUAAAUUAUUUAUAAAUAUUUUAAAAAUAAUAUUUUCUAUUAAAAUUAAUUUUAUAUAUUAUUAUAAUUAUUAUAUAAAUAAUAUUAAUAAUAAAAAAUAUUAUUCUAUUAUUGAUCAUUUAUUAAUAAAAAGUAAAGAAUAUAUAAAAAAUUUUAAAAAUAAAAUAUUAACUAUUACAAAUUUUAAUAUUAAAUUAUUAUUUAAUUAUAAAAAGUAUAUAAAUAUUAUUUUAGAAAAUAUAAAUAUAAAUCCAUUAAUACAAUAUUCUGAUCAAGUAAAUAAUUUAUCUGAAAUAAAUCAAAAAUUUAAAAUAAAUAUGAUUACAACAGGAUUAAAUUCAAAAUUUAUUUUAAAUACUGAUUUUAGAGAAUUAUCUAGAAAUAUAUUAGGAUAUAUUAGUUUAAUUAAUACAAAUGAAGGGUUAACUUGUGGAUUAAUUAAUUAUUUAACUAUUAAUGUUUAUUUAAAUUUAAAAUAUAAAUUAAUUACAUAUUAUAAAUAUUUAUUUUAUUAUAAAUAUAAUUUUAAAUUAAUAUUAGAUAUUUUUGAUAAAAAUUUUUAUAAUAUUUAUUUUAAUAAAAUUUUUUUAAAAAAAAAUUUAAAUUUUAAUAAAAUAAAUAUUUUAACUAUUAAUAAAAAUACAUUUAAAAUAAAUAAUAUACAAAAAAAUAUAUUUUAUAUACCUUUUAAUUAUUUAUUAUCUUUUAUAGAAAAUUUAAUUCCUUUUAUACAUUAUAAUGAUUCUGUAAGAAAUUUAAUGAGUAUAAAAAUGCAUACUCAAAUAAUUCCUAUUUUAUAUCCUAUUUUAAGUAAUAUUAUUACUAAUUAUAAUUUUAUUUUAAAUAAAUAUUUAAAUUAUUUAAUUAUUUCUUAUCAAGAAGGAAUUGUUAUUUAUGUUUCUUAUGUAAAAAUAAUAAUAAGAGAUAUUUUUAAUAGACAAAUAAUUUAUUAUUUAAAUACUUAUAGAAAAUUUAAUCAAAAUGUAUUAUUAAUAUAUAAACCUAUAGUAUGGGUAGGAGAAAAAAUAAAUAUAGGUAAAAUAUUAGCUAUAAAUUCAAAUUUAUUAUAUUGUGAAUAUAGUUUAGGUAAUAAUUUAUUAGUAGGUUAUGGUUCAUAUUUAGGUUAUGAAUAUGAAGAUGCUAUUAUUAUUAAUAAAAAAAUAUUAUAUAAUAAUUUAUAUACAUCAUUACAUUUGAAUAUUUAUGAAAUAUCAUGUAAUAUAUUAAAUAAUAUUCCUGAGAUAUGUAGUGUAAAUUUAUCUAAAAUAUGUUAUAAACAUAAAAUAAAUUUAGAUAAAUAUGGUAUAAUAAGAGAAGGUUCUUUUAUAUUAGCUAAUAAUAUUUUAGUUUCAAAAUUAAUUUUAAUGCCUUUUAUUUUUAAUAAUAAAAAUUUAAUUAAUAUUAUUAAUUUUUUAUUUGGAAAUAAAUUGAGAGUAUUUAAAAAUAAACCUAUAAUUUCUACUAUAUAUGAUAUGGGUAGAGUUAUAAAAGUAGAAUUUUUAUUUAAUAAUUUAUAUAAUAAAAAAUUAAAAGAGGUUAAUAUAUAUUUAAAAAUAAGAAUAUAUAUAGGAGUUCAAAAAUAUUUACAAUUAGGAGAUAAAAUUUGUAAUAGACAUGGUAAUAAAGGAGUAAUUUCAUAUAUAAAUGAAAUUAAUGAUAUGCCUUAUUUAAAUAAUAAAAUUCAACCAGAUUUAUUUAUAAGUUCUAUAAGUAUUCCUUCUAGAAUUAAUGUUGGUCAAAUUUUGGAAGGUGUUUAUGGAUUAAAUAGUUUAUAUAUUAAUAAUAGAUAUAUUAUUUCAAAUAAUUUAAAUAAAAAUUAUUAUAAUAAUUAUAUUAAUAUAUUUAAUUAUUAUACAUAUAAUUAUAUUAAUAAUUAUAAUAUAAAUAAAAUGUCUUAUAAUUAUAAUAAAUAUUUUUUAAAAAAUCCAUUUACAGGACAUUUAAUUAAUAAUAGUUUUUGUUUAAAUAGUAUUUAUUAUUAUAAAUUAAUUCAUAUGGUUCGUGAUAAAUUAAGAUAUAGAUUUAUAGGAUUAUAUUCUGAGUUAACACAACAACCUAUAAAGGGGAAUACAAAACAAGGAGGUCAAAGAUUUGGAGAAAUGGAAGUAUGGGCUUUAGAGGCUUUUGGAGCUUCUUUUUUAUUUAAAGAAUUUUUUACAUAUAAAUCAGAUGAUAUAAAAAGUAGAAAAUUAUUAAAGAAUUAUUUAUUUAAUAAUAAUAAAAUAAAAACUACAUUUAUUUCAGAAACUUUUAAAUUAAUUUUAAAAGAAUUGCAAAGUUUAUCUAUAAAUAUAGAAACAUUUUGUAUAUUUAAUAACAAUAAUAAUUUAAUAAAAAAUAUACCUAUAAAUAUAAUUUAUUAA